AUGCAACCAUCUACGGCUUAUCAACUCGCAAGCGAUGGCUUGACGGCUGGGAUUGCGUCUCGUGAGCUGACGCAAGGAAAGGUCGCCGGAUCGAGUCCUGGUGGCGCAAACUUGGUUGCUGAGGUAGCAGCAAUGGAGGAGGAGGACGAGAAAAGGGCGGUGGGGGAAACACAGGAGGAGGCUUUGUACCGACAACAGCAGGAGCAGCAGGAGCAGGAGGAGCGGGAGGUGGGGGGGGUGGGAAGCGAGCUGCUGCCUGUGCGGGACGCGUGCGUGUUCGACGUCGCGCGGGGCGGUUGCGACGACGGGGACCUUCGCACGAGCGACGAGUGCGACUGGAACGGCGCGUCGUUCACUAUCGCACACGGUGGUGCGAUUGAAGCCGAGAUCGACGGGGCAACGGUGGAAGCCCCCGCAUGGCCCUGUGCGCCCUUCCCCCGUUGCCUGUUCUCCGCCGCCGCUUGCACGCACACCGUAAUCGCGGAAGAUGUUGCACCACCGCAGCAGCACAGCCAAGCUGCGACUCUCUACGUAGCCGCGGCCGCUGCGGCUUCCGCCCGUGACGCUCGCGCAGACUCCGCCGCCUCUUACGCCGCCAGUUCUGCCGAGAAGCGCGCGGCGGCGUUUAGAAAGAGCGAGGGGGAGUGGAGCACGAAUGGCGCUCUCCACGCGCGGUCUCUGGGGAGCUUCUUCCCCGGCGGAGAGGAGGCUGUGGGCGCAAAUGGCGGAGCAGGAAGCGGAAGCGGAGGAGGAGGGGGAGGGAAUACAUUUUCUGGCGGGGGGCAGGCAUGGGUUAAGCAACACGAGGGAGUGGGGGGCGGAGAAGCGGGGAGUACGGGCAAGGGCGGGAAUGGAGGAAUGAAGAGCGCGGUGGGUGCAGGGGACGGGAUGAAGGGGCGGGCGCAAGUCGGGAGCGGAAUGGCGGGAAUGGCUAAAGACGGGGAAGCGUCGCUGCAGGCAAGCCAAAGCGGGGGCGCAGGGAGUGCGGCCGGCGGGGGAGGGAGUGAAAGCGGCCCCGGGUAUUUUAGCGUGACGCGAUUCGGCGCGCAGACGAACGGAUGGGGGGACGCGUCGGGGCCUUUCAGACGCGCCUUCGCCGCGGCGUGCGGGUACGGCGCGCGGACGAGGCAGCGAGCCAUGGUGCACGUGCCGGGGAACGCGGUGUUCCGGAUAUUCCCGAUGGAAAUUCAAGGGCCAUGCGGCGCUGGGUUGAUCGUUCGGCACAGGAAUCCCGGCAAGAUCCACCUCAAGGUGAAGGCCAGCACGGGGGUGAUGAUCCGGGGGGUGCGCACCCUAGCCCCUUGGAACAGCCCCAACACGGACAGCAUCAGCAUCAGCUCCUCUUCUAACGUGGUUGUCAAAGAUUCGAGACUCGAAUCAGGUGAUGAUGGCGUGGCCAUAGUGGGCAUGACUCGCAACGUGCUUGUGGAGAAUAUCACAUGCAUCAACGGCCAUGGCAUCAGCAUUGGAAGCUUGGGGGCAGAAGGGGCGCUGGGGUGCAUACAGGGUAUUACAAUCCGAGACGUGACCUUCCGGGGAUCUAACAACGGCCUGCGCAUCAAGACGUACCAAGGCGGCAUGGGGCUCGUGUCCAAUGUCUCAUAUGAGAACGUGCAAAUGACAGAUGUUACAUAUCCUAUCGUCAUUAACCAGUUCUACUGUGAUACCAAGAACGUAGACGCCUCUAAAUGUGUGCCGCAACAAAAUGCUGUUGCCAUUCAAGACAUCUCCUACAACAAUAUCAGAGCGUCUUGUAAUGGAACUGACGGCAUUACCGUCGGCUGCAGCACUACAGUCCCAUGCCGAGACAUCACCCUCACGAAUGUCCGUAUCGUACCUUCAGACCCUGGCAAAACCCUCACUCCGUCAUACACCAACGCAUACGGGAGUUCGGGGGGGAAUGUGUUCCCCCAACCCGUUGCCCCGUUGUACUUGCUAAGGUUCGGGCAGAGUGAAAGCUCAUGCAUUUCUAUGAAGAAUGUUGGAAACAACUGA